ACAGGCAGCUUGUAAAUAGGAGCAGAAGAAGGUGAAAGUGUUUGCAUACAGUGCUGUCAGCUGAAAGAUGAAACAACCGGCAGGAAAGAGUGAUGCUGCUCAAUAUAACCCAGAAAGGAAGAUCUCCGGGUAAGAGCUGCUUUCUUUGGCAUUUCUAUUUGAGAUUACAGAGGUGAAGAAAUGGGCUCAUAUUGGCCCUUUUAUGAUGAACCUGUACUGGAGUUGCUUAGCCUCAAGAUAAGGAUCCACUAAUGGAAACUUUGCGAUCUAAGGACACUUGACUCGGCAAAGCAAAAAAAUAAAAUAAAAAUGGAUCCAGCUUCUCCCUGGACCAAUGUUACUGAAGGAGCAGCCUCAAAUAGAUGCAAGGUUGGGUUAUUUGGAGAGGGACACUGUAGAGGCAAAUCCUGUAAACAUGUUCAAGACUUUUGAAUCAGAGCUCAAGAGGAUCCAUAUAGACAUACCUUGCUUUUAAAAUUAUUUUAGGCAAUACCUGCACACAGACUCCUGCUGGUUUCUACAACUACCAAGAGAGGCAUGCAGAGCAGCAGUUACAUGCUGGCCUUUGAUUACAGCAUAUUGCUUAAAUGCUUGUUUAUUCUGAGUGAGACAACACAAUAUUUUCAGGAGCAUAAUUCAGAGUCUCUAGGCACCAUCUGAUUUUACCGAUUCAUUCUACUGUUGCCCAUUCACACAUCAGUGUCUUGCGACAGGAUUAUACUCAGUGUGAAUUUGACUUUGAGAACUUAGUUCCAUGCUCGUGACUAACCAGGGUGAGCUCCACUGUUACAUGAUGAAUGUACUGACCUUGGCUUUAUUUAUUUGGAAACUGCUUGGAAAGCUGUUAGUUUUCUUUGUCCUGUGCAUUCAAGUCAGCACCUUAAACAAUUGUACUCUCAGAAGAUGUCCCGAAGUUUGCAUUUGUACUGCUGAUCUCAUGAGUUGUGCCAAGAAGGAUCUUGAACAGGUCCCCAGCACCCUGCUUCCCACAGCCACUACCUUGGACCUCAGCUACAAUAACAUUACUCAGCUUAAUGACCACUGGCUGGCUGCCUUACCACGUCUCCAGACCCUCAGGAUCAGCCACAACAAGAUCCACAGUAUCACCCGGCAAGUGUUCCACAAUGCCACUUACAUUUUACACCUGGACAUGUCUUCCAACUACCUGAGCACUGUGGAGAAGUACUACUUUGAUGGCCUUGUGAAGUUGGAGGAGCUCUUGCUAUACAACAACAAGAUUGUACAAGUCGAUCAAAAUGCUUUUGUCAAGUUAAUCAGAUUGCAAAAAGUCUACCUGAGUUGGAACAGGCUAAGAAAAUUUCCAUUUGAGUCCAUUCAAAGACUUGAACACCCGUACCUGAGGACCCUGGAUCUGUCUGCUAACAACCUAAGCAGCAUUCCUGUUCAAGUAAUAGCAACUUUGCCCGGGUACAUAAAAAAUGGCUUGUACCUUCACAACAACCCUGUGAUAUGUGACUGUUCUCUUCAUCUGAUGCUCCAGGAAUGGAAGCACCGUGGUUUCAGUUCUGCGGAGGAUUUUGUAGAGGAGCACACCUGCAAAGCUUUCCCCAACGUGCCACGUUCCUUAGUCAACACCUUCAAUUACAACAAGUAUAUUGGAGAUUGCUCCUGGAACCAAUUUGACAUUCCCCAAAUCCUCUGCCAAGUGGGAGAAUCCUUGGUAAUAGACUGCAACACGAGCCUCCAUAAUGACAAUGCCACAAACUACAGAUGGAUCUCUCCUAGACAUGAAUUAUUCAUGUACCCUGAGCACAGUAAUCAGGCGCAUCAACCUUUCAGAAAUGGAAGCCUAUUGAUCAGAAGGGGUACCCUUUCCCAUUCCGGUGUUUAUGUGUGCAUAGCCAUCAACGAGUUCCAACAGAUCAACCAGACAUUUGAAGUCAACAUCACAUUUCAAUACCCCAAACCACCAGAGUCUUUCAAUACCGGCCUUUCAACCCUCUUAGGGUGUGUUGUUACCCUGGUACUUGUCCUCAUGUACUUGUACCUCACACCAUGUCGCUGCUCCAAGUGCUUCAAGAAGCCUGCAAGCCCCCCUCCAGACUGCAGCGCCCAAUCGUCCAUCCUUAGUACCACCCCGCCAGCCACAGAUGGGCCAAAUCGCAAGAUCAGCGCAAACAAGCACGUUGUUUUCCUAGAGCCCAUCAAGGAAGCCCAGAAUGGCAAGGUCAGGUUGGCUGUCAGCGAGGACUUUCCAGAAGCUAAAAGCCCCAGACUCUUACAGCUCAAGCUGGACAGUGAAUCAAUCAGCUCAGUCUUUUCAGAUCCUCUCAUCAUGUCCUAUGAGGAACGAGAACAGACACCGGCAGAUGGAUAGGAAGCAAUCCACAGGAAGGAUGCAGCCAAGGUGGGGGUGGGGAAGGAAGUGGGUCAAACCCCAUACCCAUUGUGGGAGGGAGGGGAAAGACAAUAUAUAUUUACAAAGCAUCUCCUCACUGAAAGGCACAGAGGAAUUCUCUUCAUCUCCCUUGGAUGGACUACUGUGGUUUAUUCUUAAUUUCCUUCAUCUCCCCUAGAAGAUGAUGGAGGCUUUUCUUCUAACCAUUCUACUCGGACCAUCCCAGAAUCCAUUUAUUAUGCACAACAGAAGCAACCAUCUGUUGACAAAAAAGAACUGAAUGCUCUUUACACAUCCCAGAUGACUACAGCCUGCUCAGUAGUAGAGACAGUAACUUGUAGCAGAGAGUACCAUUUCCCUUUAGAAAACUGCUGUGGAAUACAAGAUUGUGUAAUGGCUUUGACUUUCAGAGAAUAAACAUUUGCUAUAUAAGCAAGCCUGUUUUUAUUUCUGGAGAAGAAAGAGUGCCCUUGCUGGACCAAAGAGGGGCCAUUUCUUACUUUUUAAUUGCUUUAGUCAGCUACUGCUUCUAAUAUUAAUUUGGAAUGUAGGUUCCCGAGCCCACACUUUUCAACUUACUGCUAGGCUUCUUGGAACAAGUCCUAGCAUAGCUAAAAACUGAAGCAAUGCUCCCUUUACAGAGGUCACAAGCCCUGCUCCAGAUGACCACCUCGCCCUUUUGGAUAUGUGCAGUCAGCCACGUAAGUGUCAGAAACUGUAAGAAUCAGUCUUCUGCUUGUAUCAGCUUAACAAAACUGCUUGGUAUUACUAGACACACUGCCUGCCCCUUAAAAGCACCUUGUUCUGGGUUUGCUUUUAAUGAGGAACCUUUUCCCCAGGUUGAAUUCUUCAUAUCUACAAUAAAAUUCUAAUAGCUCUGGCAUCCUGUGCUUUUGGAUCACUGUCACAGCAAAAAUCAGUGCCAGAAAAUUAUCCUUUAGUUAGACUUGAGAAGGGCAAAUAAUUUAUUUUGCUGUCAUCACAGCAGAGGGGAGUUUGAUCCCAGACAGGGCUAAAAGGGAUGCUAUUCUAGACACAGUGCUGAUGUUGUGUUUUGUUUUUUAA